AUGGGUGAGCUCCUCCUUGAGGCCACCCCUGGGUGGGCCACCUCUUCGGGGACACCCGUGGGGGGGCGGGGGGGGGGACACACUCGCCUUGAGGGGCACCCACGGGUGCUCGGCGCCCGCGGGGCACCCACGGGUGGGGUCGGUGACGUCCCCGUCCCGCCCCAGCGCAACAGCCGCUACGACGGGCAGAUCGCCGUGUUCGGGGCCGAGCUGCAGGCCAAGCUGGGCAACCAGAAGUACUUCCUGGUGGGGGCGGGGGCCAUCGGCUGCGAGCUGCUGAAGAACUUCGCCAUGGUGGGGCUGGGCUGCGGACCCGAGGGGUCCAUCACCGUCACCGACAUGGACACCAUCGAGAAGUCCAACCUCAACCGCCAGUUCCUCUUCCGGCCCUGGGAUGUCACGAAGCUGAAGUCGGAGACGGCCGCGGCGGCGGUGCGGGAGAUGAACCCGGCGCUGCGGGUGAGCAGCCGCCCCGACCGCGUCGGCCCCGACACCGAGCGCGUCUACGACGACGACUUCUUCGAGGCCCUGGACGGCGUCGCCAACGCCCUGGACAACGUCGAUGCCCGUGAGCACCCAUGGGUGCCCCCGCUGUGGCCCCGCUUCCCGCCCCGGGGGGUCCUCGGGGUGCUCUGA